AGUUUCUUUGAAGGACAGUCUGCACCGUGGGACUCAGCUAAGAAAGAUGAGAACAGAAUGAAAAACAGAUACGGGAAUAUCAUUGCAUACGAUCAUUCUCGAGUGAGGCUGCAGCCCAUUGAAGGGGAAACAAGUUCUGAUUACAUCAAUGGGAAUUAUAUUGAUGGUUAUCAUAGACCAAAUCACUACAUUGCUACACAAGGACCAAUGCAGGAGACAAUAUAUGACUUUUGGAGAAUGGUGUGGCACGAAAACACAGCCAGCAUAAUCAUGGUGACUAAUCUCGUAGAAGUGGGAAGGGUCAAAUGCUGCAAAUACUGGCCUGAUGACACAGAGAUCUACAAAGACAUUAAAGUUACACUGAUAGAAACAGAGCUCCUGGCUGAGUACGUGAUCAGAACAUUUGCAGUGGAAAAGAGGGGUGCUCAUGAGAUCCGAGAGAUCCGGCAGUUCCACUUCACGGGGUGGCCGGACCACGGCGUGCCCUACCACGCCACCGGCCUGCUGGGCUUCGUCAGGCAGGUCAAGGCCAAGAGCCCACCCAACGCCGGCCCCUUGGUCGUUCACUGCAGUGCUGGUGCUGGCAGAACAGGGUGCUUCAUUGUCAUCGACAUCAUGCUGGAUAUGGCAGAAAGAGAAGGUGUUGUAGACAUCUACAACUGCGUGAGAGAGCUUCGGUCUCGGAGGGUUAACAUGGUGCAGACAGAGGAACAGUAUGUCUUCAUCCAUGAUGCCAUCCUGGAAGCCUGUCUUUGUGGGGACACAUCUGUUCCAGCUUCUCAAGUUAGGUCUGUUUACUAUGAAAUGAAUAAACUGGAUCCUCAGACUAACUCCAGCCAGAUCAAAGAGGAAUUUAGGACUUUAAACAUGGUGACCCCGACGCUGCGUGUGGAAGACUGCAGCAUAGCACUCCUCCCACGAAACCACGAGAAGAACCGCUGCAUGGAUGUCCUGCCUCCAGACAGGUGCCUGCCCUUCCUCAUCACCAUAGAUGGGGAGAGCAGUAACUACAUCAACGCCGCGCUGAUGGACAGCUACAAGCAGCCAUCAGCUUUUAUAGUUACACAGCAUCCCUUACCAAAUACUGUCAAAGAUUUCUGGAGACUGGUCCUAGAUUAUCACUGCACUUCAAUAGUUAUGCUGAACGACGUGGAUCCUGCACAGCUGUGUCCUCAGUACUGGCCAGAAAAUGGGGUGCACCGACACGGUCCCAUCCAGGUGGAGUUUGUGUCAGCUGAUCUAGAAGAAGAUAUCAUCAGCCGGAUAUUCCGGAUCUAUAAUGCAGCCAGGCCCCAGGAUGGCUAUCGGAUGGUGCAGCAGUUCCAGUUCCUGGGAUGGCCCAUGUACAGGGACACUCCAGUCUCCAAACGCUCCUUCCUGAAGCUCAUCCGGCAGGUGGAGAAGUGGCAGGAGGAGUACAACGGGGGGGAGGGACGCACCGUCGUGCACUGCCUGAACGGAGGUGGCCGCAGUGGGACCUUCUGUGCAAUCAGCAUUGUGUGUGAAAUGCUUCGACAUCAGAGGGCUGUUGAUGUGUUCCACGCUGUGAAGACACUGAGGAAUAAUAAGCCUAACAUGGUGGACCUUCUGGAUCAAUACAAAUUCUGCUACGAGGUGGCUUUGGAAUACUUGAAUUCUGGCUGA